UACAGUAGCAGACGUUUCACAUUUUUAGCAGUUUGAUGUAUGCAAUGUGGUAGAAAUCGGGACGAAAAUGGGUGACAAAGCUGGUGACAACUUUUGUUUUAUAAGUAUUUUGCUUGUAUUCUCACAGUGUAUUCGUACAGUCCGUCAAGAGCUAGCAAGUGUCUCUGACCUCAGAGUUUUGGACGAAUCCUUGCAUUUUGAGCUGGUGGAACCAGAACAGGUCGCAUACACAUACAAAAUUAGGCCAGCAAAAGAUAUUGGGAUAAGUUUUCAAAGACGAUACACAGGGAUUAAUUUAGUGCCAGCUGAACCGUAUGAUGGCUGUAGUAGGAUUGAGAAUCAUUACUUAAUACAGGAGCAGGUGGCUCUUAUACAGAGAGGAGGCUGUUCAUUUUUAACAAAAACAAUUCAAGCUCAAAAUGCAGGUGCUGCAGCAGUGAUCAUAACUGACAAUGACAUCAACAAUGAUGCUGAUUAUAUAGACAUGAUAAAAGAUGAAACGGGGAGGAGAGCAGCUAUACCAGCAGUUUAUCUUUUAGGAAAAGAUGGACACAUGAUACGAAAAGCAUUACAAGAUUAUGGUCUUGUGGCUGCGGUUAUCAACAUCCCAGUCAACAUCACAGGUAUCCCUGUGAACAGAAUCCAUCAGCCUCCGUGGGUGGUGUGGUGAGGCAAGCUGAUGGGGAGGGGAGAGAGGAGUUGGUGGGCAGGGCACAGGGAAAGAUUAAAACUGGGAAGAAGGGGAGUAAAUGGAAUCUUCACCUCGACAACUAUUAGGCAGUUCAGUUAUAAUGAAUGUAACAUUGAAAUUUAGAACAGUUAAGAUUUGACUUCAGCAGAUUUUAAAAUGUUUUGUUAUCCAGCAGAUGGAAAGUGUGUAUGUAUCUGGUAACUGGGGAUUGAUGGUGUGUUAUUCUUUCUAGAUUUUGUUUUGCUUGUAUUUUGUAUUAAAUGAUGUUCGAAAAUGAGUCAUGUCCGACUCUUUUGAAAGUCUUAAUAUUUUGCAUUCCAGCUGAUGGAGUAGACCAUUUGGAAUAAGUUAAAAUUGUUUGUUGCACAACUUGGUUUGAUAAUUAUAUUUUUUAGAGAUGAUCAGAUGAAAAAACUUAGCAUACAUGUUUUAUGCGAUAUUUCUGAUGUUUUCUGAAUAAUAAUUCAGCCUUUUCUUGCCACAGUUUUUGAGUAGUUCACACGUACUAUUGUACUAAAACAUACCUUUAUACGGUGUACAGCACGUUGACUUAGGCCAUUUAUGUACAGGCAACAUAAAACUGUAUUUUUGUACCCCUCAGUGCCUCAUCAUAUUGUUUGAUUGCACAAGUAGAUAGAUAUAUGAUAUUGUGCUGUAUUCAAAUGGUGCUGGUGACCCAGCAGACUUCUAUGUUAAUUUGUACAUGGAGAGUACAUCUCAUGAGUUUACGUCAUUACCAUUUGAAUCUGAAUUGGACUAUUUCUGAGAGCUUCGGUCAGUAGUUUUAGUAUUACGUUUAAAGCCCACAAAUGGCUUAAGAAGACAUUAUUUGAAUCUUACAUAGAAAAGUCUUCGGAAUUUAGGGUGAUAUUGUUUGACUUGCAUAGAAAACUCCCAACAGUUUAGGGUAGCAUUGUUAAACUUUUGCGUAGAAAACUCCCAUUAGUUUAUUGUAGUAUUGUUUGAAUCUUGCAUUGAAAACACCCAGCACUUCAGGAUAGCAUUGUGUGACUUAUAUAGAAAGUUUCCAACAGUUUAGGGUGGCAUUGAUUAACUCUUUGAUAUAAACUCUUUGACUCUUACAGUACAAUGACUCUUGCAUGUGCAUGGAAAACUCAUGAAACUUUAGGUUACCAUUGAAAAAUUUCAGUCCAUUUUUCUAUUUCUUGAAAUUGGAACUGGGUUACAUUAAUAAGUCUGCAAAUUAGAACCCUUGAAUCCUGAAUUUAAACUCUUGUAAAUGUAGUGCUUAAUUUAGUUUUUGGGUGGUUUUGACUGGAUCUUUUUAACAUCUGAGUACUAUGCUGGUACUAUGAAUGCUUAUUGUAUCGUUUGGGAAUUAUCAAUUUCUUUAAGGAUUGAAAUCCUGCAUGUCUCAUAUUUUUAUGUGUUAGUUAUUGAUGCAGCAGCAUAUCUCUUAGUGUUUGAAAAACAAUGCAAUUAAGAAAAAAUGGAAUAGUAAGACACAGUUCUAAUGAAAGUCAUUAAGACAUAAAAAAAGUUUGGUUAUUCCAUAGAGUAAACUCCUACAGGAGUGACAGGUGAAACAUAAUGUAUUGUUAUACCUCAUGAAGAGGAUUCUGGUUUUCAUUGGUCAAUACAUGAUCACAAUGACAUAUUUUGCGAAACCUGAUGUACAACAAUAACCAACUGUAGCAAAGCAAUGUCACACUCGUAAAGUAAAAUCCCACAUUUAUGAAGCAAUAACCAAUGACAACAUAAGUGUCUCAAUCUGAGAAUUCUUAAUAUCCCAUCCCACGGUAUGCAGUAUCUGUAUAUCAGUUGCAUUUAAACAUUUGGAUUAAAGAAAUUCAUUGUACUUCAUUUUGCGUUGUUCUUUUGCAGUCAGAUGUGGGUCAUGGGUUUUCCCCUGGCUCUGGCUGGUUUCCUCCCAUCAUAAUUCUGGCUGCUGUCAUAUGAGUGAAAUAUUCUUGAAUACGGCAUAAAACACAGAUCAAAUAAAUACAUCAUUUGGGGCUGUGACAACUUUGAAAAACACAUGUUCUGUGGUAAAAAAAAUGCCACGAAUAAUAAUCCUGUGACAUUGACUACCUCAGUCAACCAUUUUUUCUUUUUUUUGGUCGUGACCAAGAGAGUUUUGGAAUGCUUGUAAAGCCCCCCUCCCACACCCAUCAUGAUUUAUCAAUAUUUUACAUUUUUUUUUCAAGAUUAGGACUGCAGAGUUAGCAACAACUAUCUCCCUUAUAGCAAGCAUCAGAGUUGAAAUGCACAGUUACACGUAACUGAUAAGAAGAGAGAUGUGGUCAGAACAGAUGUUAGUUAAAUGACAAUCCUGAUGGUGAAGGGUUUGAAGUAUAAAUAUGGAGCGCAUUAAGCUCAUCAUGUAGCAUUUAGUGACCUGGUAAUGGGGAAAUUGUACCUUAUAAACAAUAUUUUGGUUGUAACUUUUUUUCUGUGAUCCAGUAUGUUCAGAAUUUACAUGUGUUAUUCUAGGUUUGACCUAUGGGCAUUAUCACUUGCAUAUGCUCGAGUCUUGACUUGUUCUGUGCAGUUACUGUAUUUCACCUAAACUUAAGCUUUUUCCAAGUGACACAUUUUUGCUAGAUUCUGCAUGAUUCUUCUGCUUUAUUGGGUCAUUUAAUAGCUUUUGUUUGUGAAGUGUGAUUAACUUCUUAUCAGAAAACCUGAAGUGUUGGCAUCAAAAGUAUCAAGACCUUCAUUGGUAUCUGAAAGUGGAUUUUAAGAGGCAUAACUUCAGGUGAAAUGCAGUAAUUAUUCUGGACGGGAUGAUUUGCAGUCUUACAUGAAGAAUAUCUUCUCAGUGUUUAUGCACAGGGAUGUGGUAAUAAUUUAAGGGAUGUAGUCCCUGUGCUGGUUUAAAUGCCUGGGGCCACAUUAACAAAACUUGAACUUCUCCUAAUGUUUUUCGUAUAGCCCAUGUCACCUAGGUUAUAGUGUCAAAAAAGCAUGUUAUAUGAUUCAUGAGGAAAUUUGUAAAAAUGGACAUACAAAGUUUUGUGAAAGUGCCACAGGUUCUGGAUCAUCCCAAUUUAAUCGAAGUGAAUAAAUGCAGCUGGAUAUAGUAAUAUCUAUAAUUACUAUAGGACAUCAAUAUAAACCAUAUUGUAAAUUUGUAAUCAUCAAAUCGCUAACCAUUACAAUUAGGUUAUUGUUACAUAAUACGACUUGGCAUCUGAUAUUGACUCUCGUUCAUAAUAUAUAAUUGAUGCACAGUGUUUGUCUAAUGAUAAUUACAUGUAUGUAUUUAAUCGACCUAAUCAAAAAUUGCGUGUUACUAUGAAACAUAAACGUGUUCAGCAUUGGUCAAAGCCUAGUACUUCCUUUCAGCAGUCAUGUCUUUCUAAAUCAAAACCAGCCCCACUUUUUGUUUGUUUUCUUCUUUUUCCUUUUGAAGUGUGAUUUAGGCCAGCUGAUUUAGGCUUAGUCCUGGAAAUAUUUGUCCUGCACAUUAAUUAGUUUCUUAAAAAUGUCUUUUGAAGGUUAAAAAAGAGUUACUGUGUAUAUUCAUUUGUAUGAUGUCAGUGGUAGUGAACGUGUAUACAAUAACAGCAAGUAAGUAGCAUAUUCUAUUUAGGUUUAUUCUAAUAUACUUACCAUAUGUUGGAAGUUCUGCCAGCAACCUGCAGAUGGUCGUGGGUUUUCCCAGGGCUGUGCCUGGUUUCCUCUCAUCAUAAUGCUGGUCGCCGUCAUAUAAGUGAAAUAUUCUUGUGUGCCGCGUAAAACACCAAUCAAAUAAAUAAAUAAAUAAAUCUAAUAUACUGAGCUUGUCCAUAACAUCAGAAUACAUUUAUUGUAUAACAUCCAGACAUGGUUAAAACUUUGUCAGGCUGUCUCUAUUUGUGUGUUGAUUUUAUUCAUUGGACAUGUGUAUAAUGUUCACUGUUUGUUGAUGGAAGCCUAG